AUGGCCUUGCGAUCGUCUGCAGACAGCAUCGUCUCGCUACGGACGCUUGACAGUGUCCGCGAUGAAGUCGCCCAUGGCAUUGCACUGCGCGCUAUCAUGAAAGCCAAGGUCGUUGACGGCGUCAAGAUAUCUGUUUACUUUACCUUCUCCAAGAGGGACGACGAUCGCUUCUUGCGUCACGUCUCCAACAUCAUCCGUGCCCGUCUCCCUACCCGUCAUCUUUUCGCCCUCGCUACGACGGGAGCCCCAUCCCCAUCAUCACUCACCAAUGCUAACACUCUCGUCAUCACCGGAAGCGACGCAGAUGACGUCCAGAGUGCUGUGCUUCUCGCCAGCUCCAAGUUUCUCGGUCGAGUCGUGUCUUUGACAAAUGAUGGCGACCUCAUGUCUGCUGCUAUCGAAGACAUCGGGGCGUCGUCAUACGACAGCGCUGCACUAUGGGAUGUACUUCAUAAAUCCGUCCGUGCACCUCUCGACCGACUCGUUCCACCACCAGGGUCUCGUAGCACCCUUCAGCUCAUCGACGCAGCUCGAGCGAAACUCCAACGCGUCCUUCCACAACAGGCCUGGGAUAUUCUCCACGAUCCUACAUAUCCCAUACCCGCCUUCCUUGUCGACAUUCGUUCUGCUGCAGAGCGUGCUCGCUCCGGGGGAAUUCAUGGAUCCCUUAUCAUCGAACGCAAUAUGCUAGAACGCCGAUUCGACCCACGAUGUGAAGACAAAUUAGCCAUUGCCGAUAGGUAUGACCUCCGUGUCAUUGUGUACUGCGAAGACGGGUGGGCGUCGUCACUUGCUGCAGCAUCACUACACGAGAUUGGUAUGUGGAAUGCAACGGAUAUCAUAGGGGGUUUCCAAGCUUGGAAGGCUGCCAGAUUGCCUGGACAAGUUAAAGCUCCUUCGACCGAGAGUAAAACGGCAACAUUGGAAGGAUUUUCCCAAAUAUCUUGGGAAACUGAGUAA